AUGUGUACUGUUUGGACUUGGAAGGGGGGCGGGGCUUGGAAACGCGGGUUGUUGUGGGUCGGGACGGGACGGGACGGGACGGAACGGGACGAGACGGGACGGGGCCGGGGACGGGACGGGACGGGACGAGACGGGACCGGGGACGGGACGGGACGGGACGGAACGGGGGACUGGGAAUCAUAUACUGUGGAACAGAAUAAUUUGAUCAAUGACAUCUUAUCGAGUUUGCGUACGAAGUGCGAGAAUUCUGGGACCGUGGAGUUGCAGAUACAGGCGGAUCCAAAGCUCAACCUGUCUGAGGAAGUUGAAGCAUCACAAAUUCCAUCAGUGGCUUUUUCGAAGAGCUCCUUUUCAGCCUUUACAAAUGUUGGUUUAAAUUUAAAAGAAAAGAUCCAAAAUAACAGGGUAGAAACAGAUGAGCCUCAUGAACAGGAAGUCAGGGAACAAAAUGCUACAGUUGAACUUGAUGUUGAUGGCAACAAGCAGGUGGGAGAAACGCACGAUACGCAGCAGAGCAAGAGGAUUAAUAAACGAAAAAAGAAUGAUACUCAACAGACUAAGUAUACUCCUAAACCAAGAAAAACUACAUCUGUAGUUUGGGAGUUUUUCAUUAAGGCUCAAAAAAAUGGUGAGGUACAUGCCAAAUGCCAGGUUUGCAACAAAGUGCUCUGUGCUAAAAGCAGGAAUGGAACUACAAGCCUACACAGACACGGUUGUUUUAAAGAUUGGAAGAAAGAUGGAAAACAACAGUCAUUUUCUAAUGUCGAGUCCAGUGCUAAAGCGAACCCAAAAAACAAGGCUUCAUCAAAGAUUGGAGCUGGUGCUCCUCCACAAGCAAAGAGGAGAAAGCUAGUAGCAAAUGUAGGAGAGGAAAGAGUGGAAGAAGAAACUUCUAGUGCUUGCAUCGGUCAAGCAGCAGUUUCUGGUCUAGCUCAUGACCAAGUACAAGAAUUAACAGUACAAGAAGAUUAUACUGCAAAAGAAACACCUGGAAGAGGUCUCCAGGAUCAGGAGCAUCAUCUCGUAUCUGGCUGUAUUAUUGGGGUAUUGUUGAUACCAUCUUUCUCUUUCAACUUUGUUUAUGUUUUUUUUCUUGCGAUAGUGGUUGUAGAAGCAAUCUUUCUGUAGCCGCUACCAUCUGAAACUCUGAGUUCUGGCCAACAAGCCAAUAAUAUGGCCAUUGAUGGUACUGGAGGUGUUCCUCAAGUUGAAUGCACUAAUAUGGAGCUUACUGCAGAAGGUAACUCCAUCCAGCACAAGCCUUGUACAACUCUUCUUUCAAACUGGUACCAUGUUAA